AUGACUCACACAACACACACCAAUCCAUCGUCCUCUUCUUCGCCAGCGCCGCCGAACCGGCCACCAGCCUCCUCCGGUCCUCCCACCUCGAAAGCACGGAAGUCUCCCGGAAGGAGCUGUCACCUAGCAGCCAUCGCUGGCGCGGCCGUCCACCUCCUCCCUCUCCUCCUCCACUGUUAUUGGAUUGGCGUCGGAGUGGAGAUCAACCCGGGCUUGGAAUUUCCUUCGUUGGUAAGGAACCCUAAUUUGGUCGGAUGGGAUUUUCAUCUUCGACAACGCCCGCGAGGUCGAUCGACCUCAGCUGACGCGAGGGAUUGGAAAGCUAAGGUGCGGGUGUAGCUAAUUUUCUAGGAAGAUUGGGGUUUCAGCUCAAACCCCCAUGCUCGACGCUGAGGACGACCCUGGCGGGAGAUGACGAGGAUCUUCGUGCAGCGCGGGACCGCCGGCUCCUCGUCCAGCUCCGGUCGCUCGGGCUCGCAGCCAGCGCAGCAGCCGGCAGCAGCUGCCCGGGAGGAGGAGUUGCCGCUGCAACCUCAGCCACAGCUGCCGGAGCUAUUGGCCAUAGAUGAUACAACUGAGCAUUUAAAUGAGGGCAGCGAGAACAGCAGUAGCAGCAAUAAGCCGUUGAGGACGGAUGACACCAUUUCAGAGAGCUCGAGCUCUGCAGAGGAGAGGGCUGCCAGGGAGAAGCCUCCUAAGGAUGACUCUAAUGUAAUCAACCCCACUUUCUUAGUAGAGGAACUGAUAGGGCUCCAGAUCCCUGAUCAGAUUGAACAUGGAGAUUCUGUGCCGUCAGGCACUAGUUCAUCACAGAUGGCGGGUGCAGCUUCACACCCGCCACCACCGCCAGCUCCACCUCCAAAACCAUUGUUGGGGAAUAAUGGGUUGCGGAGAAUGGGGCCUGGAAGUUCAAACAGUGUGCGGAUUGGAUCUUCAAGAAGGCCAGUAGCUUGGCCACCAGUGGUAGCCCGGACAUCUGCUUCAGGUUCUCGGCCUUCUUCGCCUAGGUCACUCGUUGAUGGUGAAGGUUACAAUAGUGCUGAUGAACAGGGCCCCUGUUACCCCUCGAGUUAUGAUGAUUCGGAAAGGGAGCGUAUGUUUGAGCAUGACCUAAGGCGAGUGAAAGGGUUGGAAAUCAGAAAGAUGGCCGAAGACGGGAACUGUCUAUUCAGAGCUGUUGCUGAUCAAGUAUAUGGAGACGCAGAAGCUUAUGACAUGGCUAGGCAGAUGUGUGUUGAUUAUAUGGAAAGGGAACGGGAUCAUUUCUCUCAGUUCAUAACUGAAAGUUUUACAUUAUACUGUAAGAGGAAAAGGAGAGAUAAGGUUUAUGGCAACAAUGUUGAGAUCCAGGCAUUUGCAGAGAUGUACAAUCGUCCCAUUCACAUAUAUUCCUACGGUGCAGAGCCCAUUAAUAUUUUUCAAGGAAGCUAUAACACAGACGUUCCUCCAAUUAGGUUAAGUUACCAUCAUGGUAAUCAUUACAAUUCAGUGGUUGAUCCCCGCCGACAGACAGUUGGGGCAGGCCUUGGAUUUAGCUCCCUUAGAGGGACCAAUAAUGUUGACAGGGACCAGGUGAAGGCUGCAAUAAAAGCUCAGCAAGACCAGCAAAUUGAGAAUGCACUUUUGGCUGAAGGGCGAUUCUACUCCGAUCUGGAGUUAACAGAGAGGGAAAUAGAACGGAUGGUGAUGGAGGCCUCGCGUUCAGAAUAUCUGGCCAAGGAGAAAAAGCUUAACAUUAGGGAGUCAUCGACAUCAGGGGCAGAGCCAUCGUCAUCUGCCGCAAUUAGUGGUUCCUCCCGUUCAGUUGCUGGAGCAGAUAGAGGCAGCGAGGACUACUUUGUGCUCCCAGACACUGUACUAACUCGCAGCAUGCAGUUGCUCCUGGCAAUGGGCUUCAGCUACAUCCAGGUCAUGGAGGCCUACAGCAUAUUCGGCGAGGACGUGGACUCCAUGGUCUGCUACCUGGUGGAGACCGGAGGCACCGGAGCCUCAGCAGGUGGUAGCAAUCGCCGGAAAGGAAAGGCUGCUGAGUGAUGUGCGCACCUUCAUUGCUGUGAAUGUAAUUGUUGUUGAUCGAAAUCGUUGGGCAUAAGUCAUACUGACAGUCUUGUGAGUUGAGAUGUCGAUAUACCUGCUACCUUAUGGGUGAUGAAUAAAUGGAACUCAUGACUUGAGACUUUUCGAUGC